UUGCCAUUUUAUCAGCAUUUUAUAAUAAAUUAAUAGAAAAAUAUAUUUUUUAAUUUAUUUAUAUUAAAAGUACUUAAAUACCAACAUUUUCCCAAUUAAAAAAGUAUAUUAAUUGGGAUCUAAAUUAUUAUAGGAUCAGAGUGAUACAGUAAGAAUAAUAAAAUCAUGGACCCAAACAACAGUGGUGAUGAAGAUCCAACUGUAGCGAAAAAGCAAAGUAAUGUUUUACCUUUGUACGGCAACGAGAGGACCAUGAAUCUUAAUCCAUUAAUUCUAACGAAUAUUCAGAGUUCUCACUAUUUCAAAGUUAAUCUUUAUGAACUAAAAACUUAUCAUGAAGUGGUUGAUGAAAUUUAUUACAAAGUAAGUCACUUGGAGCCUUGGGAAAAAGGAUCUAGAAGAACUUCAGGUCAAACGGGUAUGUGCGGUGGAGUUCGUGGUGUAGGUGCUGGAGGAAUAGUUUCAACGGCAUAUUGUCUACUUUACAAACUCUUCACAUUAAAAUUAACCCGUAAACAGUUGAACGGUUUAAUUACACACUGUGACUCUCCUUAUAUAAGGUCACUAGGUUUUAUGUAUAUAAGAUACGUACUUCCCCCAAGUUGCUUAUUGGAAUGGUAUGAAGAUUACCUAGAGGAUGAAGAGGAAGUCGACGUGAAAGCUGGCGGAGGUCAGACAAUGACCAUCGGACAAAUGCUGAGACAGUGGUUGGUUAAAUUAGAGUGGUUUUCAACAUUGUUCCCCAGGAUUCCUGUACCAAUUCAACAAAAGAUCCAGAAAUAUCUCGAGUCUAAAUUUCCUCCACAAGCGGUGCAAGCGGCGCAACAAAGAGCUCGCGAGGAUCGCAGGUUCGAACGGGAACGGCCAGCACGGGAAGAUUUGCGACGCGAUUUCCUGCGGGACGACAGGGAUCGCAGGGAUGACAGAAGAGAAAGGGAGAGACAUAGAGAAGAUAACGACAGAAGGGAACGGAAGCACAGAGAUAGGAGCAGAAGUCCGAAUAAAAACAAGCACAAACAUCACGGUCGUGACAACGAACGCGAACGCAAUGACAAAUAUGGACGUGAGGAGAGGUACAGGGGAAGGGAUAGAUACUGAAGAAGGGCAAUAUUGCUAAGUAAAUUUACCGGAAGCGUGAUUUUUGAGUUGUGUUAGCUUCGGUCCUAGUAGAGAAACCAUACAUUUUAUAUCUGUCUGUUUUUUAUCAUUAUUUCUUAAUUAAAUACUUCAGAUCUCUAAAAUAAUUCGUGAGAUGUUAAUAUGAAAGAGUAGUUCAAAUGACCCGAUAUUUUAAAUUAUUAAAAUUGCUUCAGUUUGUUAAAAUUAAAGACUCACAACUUGAAUAAAGAUUCUUAGGAGUCCAUCCAUGUUGAAUGCCAAAAAAUAUCAAAUUUUAUUAUUUUAUCAUUAAUUUUCUCUUUUUUGUUAUGAUAAUGUAAGAAAAUGUAGUUCCAUUUGUAAAUCCCUAUUAAUCAGUCAGCUUAUUGUAUUUAUAAUACAUAUUAAGGGUAUAUUUUUCAUUUCAAGUGUUCCAUAGCCAGCGGGCGGUUUUGGUGUGUGCAAUAAUGAUUUUUGGUGUACAUUUUGUCUCUCAGAGGGAUAUUAUACAGGGUGUUCCAGGCUGAGCGUGCAUUAGAGGUUUCUAGAGAACUAAAAAAUCUAGAUCGAAGAUUUUUUGCACAUCAUUGUUUCACAAUGAGAUCUAU